CAAAGAAUGAGUUAGGAGGAGUAUCAGGAAGAAUCUACUGAAUUUGGGAAGGCUAUGUAUGACUGUGAAUAUUUUAUAUUUCAGAAAUGAACAAAUAGGAGAAUUGAUGGAUCAUCUCGAUAGAGAACAUGACAGUGAAGAUGAAGGUAUGGAAGAUUAUAAAAUUGGAGGUUUCUUAUAUCAAUUAGGUUUUAGGUUAUCAUCCAGUUCAUAUUGGUGAGAUCUUACUCAAUCGAUAUGUGAUUAUAUAAAAAUUAGGUUGGGGACACUUCUCUACAGUCUGGCUGGCGAAGGAUUUCAAAUAUGAUACCUAUGUAGCAUUGAAAAUUCAAAAGAGUGCUUCUCAUUAUUUAGAAGCAGCAUAUGAUGAGGUAAAUAAAUUAAUUUAACAACUAGGUUGAAAUUCUUCAAAAAGUAGCUUAAAAUGUACAAAAUCCCGUUUGGAUUUAGUCUUUAAAAGAAUAUUAUGCAGAUGUAAAAUGAUAGUAUAUAAAUUGAUAGUAAGGAAGGACAUCCUUCAAUAGAGAUGACACUCAUACUGUUUAAUUAUUAAAUUCAUUUGUGUAUAAAGGACCCUAUGGUCAUCAUUUUUGUAUGGUAUUUGAAAUUUUGGGGGUGAAUUUACUAGAAAUAAUUAAAAGAUAUGAAUACAAAGGAGUAAUAUAUAGAUUUAACCUUAGUGUCCAAUGGAUAUUGCUCGAAGAAUGGCAAAGUAAAUUUUAAUAGGAUUGGAUUAUCUUCAUCGAAUAUGUGGAGUAAUUCAUACGGAUUUGAAACCUGAAAAUGUGUUACUAUGUUUAUCAGAUGAAGAGAUUAAAGAUAUAGUUGAGAAUGGAUAAUUGACUUCUAAUUAGCUAUUCUCAGACAGAAUUCACAUUUAUAGAUAAAUGCUAGGAAUUGAGAAACAUACUGUUCCAGAGCCAUUCACAAAAAAGGAGGAUGACGAAUUAAGUGAAAGCACUACUCAUUUAUCUAAGACUCAAAAGAGGAAAUUAUUAAGGAAAAAGAAAUAGAAGUAAUAACAUGAAGAAUCAAGAAAGGAAUCACAUGAAAUUCAAGUUGAUUAAAUUGAAAUGCCUAAAUCUAUUAAAGAAUUGUUUUUACAACAAAAGAAGUAAUUUAUUGCAAUACUUUAUAGAAUAUCUUUUACUUAAUAAAAGAAAUUGCCAGAUAAUUUUCGUUUGAAAAUAGCUGAUCUAGGCAAUGCAUGUUGGAUUCAUCAUCAUUUUUNCAUAACCAAUUCCAGCCAUUCUCUUGCUUAAACUAUCCGGAAGGUUGUACAUAGAUCCAUUACUAGGUUAGAAUGAAGAGAAUACAUUUAUUUAGUUGAAUAGGUUUCACGAGGAGCUUUUGAAAAGGUAUAUCUUUGUUUUGAAAUUGAAUUAUUGA